AUGUCUAUCUCCCUGCUUAAUCGGCUUUACGUGGGCAUAGUAGUUUUUGGCUACUUAGGAGGUUACUCAUUAAGCCUGUCAAUAGACACCCCGAGUUCACAGCACGGAGUUCCCUCUACUGGUGUAUGCGCAUAUAAGACGAUAAACUACAUCACUCACACUCUGCCACAGCAAUGUCUAAAAACGAGCUGGCCAGGCAACAUUGCUCUACCACACGCAACCGAUCUCAUCCAUGAUGAUGUGCAGUCAAGGGAAAAUGGAACAACCCACCCUGUCGUUGGCAAAAUAACAACCAUACCGGAUGAGGCGGUCGAUCCUGUCACAAGCCUUACGUCGACAAUGUCUUCUAAGAAUACUUACAGCGAACUGGAACCGACCCCAAGACCUUUCAUGUCUUUCGAAGACUGGAAGGAGAUGAUGCUUCGCAAAGCCGGACAGGACCCGUCUGAGUUCAAGGGUCGAAGGCCGCACGACCGGGCCAUAGAACACGAAAGGGCCACAAAAAGCUCAAGUCUGGACAGUUUGGGCGAUGAUGGCGAGAUCGACCUUAAUUUUGAUGUUGUGUCGGAGAAAAUCAGCAACAUUGCGUCGGCCCCUCAACCAUCCCCAACCGAUGCAGCGACGUCAGACCCUCAAGAGCCCGUUCUCUAUGACGACGGGAGGACCCAGUACUACCGCAGUAAGGAUGCUGGCAAAACAUGCAAAGAACGGUUUUCAUAUUCCUCAUUCGAUGCCGGGGCAACAGUGCUUAAGACAAACCAAGGGGCGAAGAAUGCCAAAGCCAUUCUGGUGGAAAACAAAGACUCGUACAUGCUUCUGGAGUGUUCAGCAGAGAACAAGUUUGUCAUUGUUGAACUCAGUGACGAUAUUCUGGUUGAUACUGUUGUGCUCGCCAAUUUCGAGUUCUUUUCAAGCAUGAUUCGUCAAUUCCGAGUUAGCGUUAGUGACAGAUACCCCGUGAAAGCCGAUAAAUGGAAAGACCUGGGCACUUUUGAGGCAAAAAACUCUCGCGAUAUCCAACCCUUUCUCGUCCCUAACCCACUCAUUUGGGCAAAAUAUGUUCGAGUGGAGUUCUUGAGCCAUUACGGAAAUGAGUACUACUGCCCUGUCUCCUUACUCCGGGUUCAUGGCACUCGAAUGCUGGAAUCUUUGAAGGACACCGAGACUCCUGCCGAUGACGAGGAUGCAGCUGUGGAAUCCACCGAGUUAGCCGGUGUUGUCGAUGAUGCCUCUACUAUCGACAGCUUUGACAAGCGAAGUGAUGCAUCACGCGCUCCCCAGGAGGAUUUCAUCAAAAACGUUGAACACAGCUUUUCUGUUGAUCCCCUACAGCCAGGUAACCUGUUCCGGCGCUUAGGCAGAGAUAACUACAACUCCACCUGCCCAAGAACUUACACAGCUGUAACCACAGCGCCUAUGAAACCACCAGACCUAGUCGGGGCACAACAGCGAGUUCAAGUUGAAUCUACUCGGAGUAAUUGUAAUGGAAAACCCAGCAGCAGGUACCUCGAUAGUCAUCCUCCAGAGAAAAGAGUUGCAUCGUCAUCACCAGCUGCUGCAAACCACCCAGAAACCAGCAUCGCCUCUACAAUGGCAGCUUCAAUCUCGGUGGCUGCUCAUCAAAACAAUCCACCGUCGGACACACGUUCAGCAGUAGCGGAAGAAAUAAGUGGUAAUUCUUCUCCCACUAAGGCAACUUCACAAGCCAGUACUCAGUCUCGGACCAAGAGCAACUCGACCGCGGCCCCCGCCUCCCCCACUGUGCAGGAAAGCUUUUUCAAAGCUGUCAGCAAACGUUUACAGUUACUCGAGGCCAACAUGACUUGGUCAUUGAAGUAUAUUGAAGAUCAGUCUCGUUCUUUGCAGGAAAUUCAACACUUGGCCGAGCGAAAACAACUUUCCAGAAUAGAUGUGUUCUUGGACAGCCUCAACAUAACCGUUCUUUCUGAAUUACGGAAUGUCCGCCAGCAAUAUGACCAGAUUUGGCAAUCGACAGUGAUUGCCUUGGAAAGCCAGCGUGAGCAGUCACAGAGAGAAACUGUGGCUCUUAGCUCACGCCUCAAUAUUCUCGCUGAUGAGGUGGUGUUUCAAAAGCGAAUGGCUAUAGUUCAGGCCAUUCUUCUUCUGUCAUGUCUUGUGCUGGUCAUCUUCUCUAGAGCCAUGACGCAACCCAUCCUGACUGGCUCCUUUGACCUCGGUCGGUCACCAGGUCUCGACCAUGCCUUGCCUGGCCAACCCACAGCUCGCGAUCCUAACAGUGUACACACCCCUGGAUACGACAAUUUUGGUCGCAGUUUAGGUAACGUUGAUUGCGGUGAUGGUCGCCGGCCAGACUCAAGCUCAGGUCCGGUGCAUACCUCCUCGGUAGCUCCGCAGAGGUUACUCACACCUCUAUCUGACACAGCGCACAAUCGCUAUCCUUCUGACGAUGCCAGGUGUACUGAAGCAGUCACAACAUCCGGCUUUGACCAAGUGGCUGGGAAUGAACCUGACACGGGCUAUCAGACUACUCUUUCUACUCCCACAACCCCUUCUCCCUUGGAGGGUGAAUUUCUCACAGGCGGUGCUGCUCUGUCAGACCAUAAUUAUUCCAUCCAGGACCCAGAUACACUAGUGGAACCUAUACCAGAUCCACUGCUCGAUGUAGGCUCCGGCCAACGGUUCCCACCUCAAACUCGCAGUAUUGUUCCAUCUACAAUCCGUAAACCACUGCCUGCUCUGCCAGAGUAUCCGGCAUGA